AUUUACUUGCUCUUCACGUUUUUCGCCAUCAAAGUCUACAAAUUUCUCUUCUACUGUAAUCGAACAUCUGAAAUAUCAUCGUUUUCGAUGGCGACUCAUCCCGAAGCUCUCCGACGAGAACGAAUUCUCAACAGCAAACUCUACUUCGACGUUCCUCUUUCAAAGGUUUCGAUUAUCUAUUCAUCGGCGUAUGAUAUUUCCUUCAUGGGUAUUGAGAAAUUGCAUCCAUUUGAUUCUUCCAAGUGGGGUAGAGUUUGCAAGUUCCUUGUUUCAGAUGGGUUUUUGGAGGAGAAAGCAAUUGUUGAGCCUCUUGAAGCUUCAAAGACUGAUCUUUUAGUGGUACAUUCUGAGAAUUACUUAAACAGCUUGAAAAGUAGUGCCACUGUCGCUAGGAUAACCGAGGUUCCACCAGUUGCGUUUUUUCCGAAUUUUCUUGUGCAGCAGAAAGUUCUUUACCCAUUCCGAAAGCAGGUUGGUGGGACGAUUCUGGCAGCUAAACUCGCAACAGAACGUGGAUGGGCAAUAAACAUUGGAGGAGGUUUUCAUCAUUGUACUGCGGAAAGAGGAGGCGGAUUUUGUGCUUUUGCUGAUAUUUCUCUCUGUAUUCACUUUGCGUUUCUUCGUCUGCGAUUAUCAAGGGUUAUGAUAAUAGAUCUUGAUGCUCAUCAAGGGAAUGGCCACGAAACAGAUCUCGGCGAUGACAACCGCGUUUACAUUCUGGAUAUGUAUAAUCCCGAGAUAUACCCUUUCGAUUAUAGAGCUAGGAGAUUUAUCGAUCAGAACAUUGAGGUCGUGAGCGGGACCACCACCGAUGAGUAUUUGAGGAAACUAGAUGAAGCCCUUGAGGUUGCUUCGCGAAACUUCCAACCGGAGUUGGUAAUUUACAAUGCUGGGACAGAUAUAUUAGACGGUGACCCUCUAGGACUUCUAAAGAUAAGCCCCGAUGGCAUAACGAGUAGAGACGAGAAAGUCUUCAGAUUUGCAAGGGAGAAAAAUAUUCCUCUUGUGAUGCUAACUUCAGGCGGGUACAUGAAGUCAAGCGCCAGAGUUAUUGCGGAUUCCAUUGAGAAUCUCUCACGACAAGGAAAGAUUGAGAGAGACCCUUAUGAUGUGUUCGUCACCUUUGUAUAUGUGGACCAUUCCUCGUUUUCGUCUAAUGGAACGUGAAUUGAUGGAGCGUUUGUACUUUAAACAUUGUGUAUUGUGUUCUUUGGUAUUAUUUAAAUCUGUAACACUAUGAACAACAAAAUUAUAGGAUACUU